CCAUUACCCAGUCUCCUGAACCAGUUAAAACUCCUCAAAGAGUCAAGUCACCUGAGCCAAUCAAAUCACCGCAAAGAGUAAAGUCUCCAGUCUCACCAAAAUCCCCAACACCAAAGUCCCCAACACCCAAGUCUCCUACUCCAAAGUCUCCAACUCCCAAGUCUCCUACCCCAUCUGAAAGAGAGCAAAUGAUUCCUCCAAUCAAGUCACCUAAGAGAGUGAUGUCACCAACUCUCGAAAAGAAGCCUUUCUUCUCAGCAGUACUCCGUGACAUCACUGCGUCAUGUGACUCUAUAGUCAAACUGUCUGUGAAGGUGACAGGGGAGCCAAAGCCUGCUGUCUCUUGGUCAAAGGAUGGAAAGGCAAUAUCUCAAGGUGGGAAGUAUGAAUUAUUCGAGGACCAAUGUUCAGCACAUCUAGAGAUCUAUGAAUCAGAGGUCUCUGAUAGUGGGGUCUACAAGUGCACAGCCACCAACUCUUCUGGAGCAGUGUCAACAAGCUGCACAGUCACUGUGCAAGCACCAAAGAGCUCUGCAAUGAUCUCUGAGGAAGUCUUAAGAAAGGAAAUGAUCCAUGAGGAAAUACGUUCUUCUGUGACAGAGGUGAAGUCCUCAGAAAUUCAGAAAUCAGUCAGGGAAGGCCAGUCUCUUACUCUGAGGGCCAACAUCCAUGGGGCUUCUAACAUCAAAUGGAUUCUGAAUGGGCAACAACUGGCCAACUCCGAACAGUACCGGUAUGGAGUAUCUGGAAGUGACCAGACUCUGACUAUCAGGUGUGUCACCCAGCGAGAGCAGGGGAUCAUCACCUGUCAGGCUCAGACGGAGCAAGGGCUGGUUCGGUGUCAGUUUAACACUGAUGUCACCCCCAAGAGCUCAGAGGCACCCCACUUCCUGGUGCAACCAAGGUCCCAAAAUGUGGACCAGGGUCAAAAUGUUAUGUUUACCUGUGAAAUUGCAGGGGAUCCUUCCCCUGAGGUGGAGUGGUUGAAAGACAACACGAUUAUAUGUGUCACUCCAAAUAUCAAGCUGAGCCGCUCUAAGAACUCGUACACUCUGGAAAUUUGUGAAGCCACAGUUGCAGACAGUGGGAAAUACACCAUAAAAGCCAGGAACCAGUUUGGACAGUGCUCUGCAACGUCAUCGCUCAACGUCCUCAGCACUCCACCGAAGAUCGAGGCUCUUCCCCAGCAUGUGAGUGCAGAGCCGGGGAAGUCCCUGUCUGUGGCAGGCAUGUUUUCUGGAGACCCGGCUCCCUCAGUCCAGUGGGUCCGCUCAGGCAGAACCCUUCCCAACGGAGAUGAGCGGUUCCAUGUGGACAACGCGGCCGACCUCUCCACCCUCAUGAUCUCUGCAGUGAAGGAGGACGACGCCGGAGCGUACACUCUCCGACUGUCCAACGAGCUCGGCUCUGACUCUGCAACCGUCAACGUUCACAUCCGGUCCAUGUAAAAAGAAAAAAAGAGAAAAACAAAUCACAUCCCUUAUUCCCAAACUUUUUAUUUACAAUAAUCUUACUUGAUAAAGAUCUGGAAUAUUCUUGUAAAUAGGAACUAUUUUUGUACCAAACUUGACGUUAAUUUAUGCCAAACUAGACUAAAGUCUAAAAUUGUAAAAUGUGCCAUAUUGGAUAACUAUGACUUCAUUUUUCUGUGACAUGUACAUAAUGUAUAUAGCCGAGUUUACCGGUUAUGGGAAAUGUAUGCAUUGUUAUUUAUGACAAUAAUAUUAACUGAAACUAAAAGAAGCUAAAAGUGGUUAACAGGAGAAAGUUUCCGCUGGAACGAAUACCCUGUGAAACUGGGAAACUAAACUCUGUGCCUCAACGAUAAGUUGAAGACUUUAAGAUUGCCUCAACAGGUAGAGAGGCUCCCUGUUGAUGUUAUGAAGCAGAAACAAAAAGACAAAGUUCUUGUUUUGACGCGCGUCGGUGCGUGGGAGUUAAACAUGAGUUGUACCGUGAGCAUAAGACCCUGAGUGCUGUUUGCACUACCCUCGUGUAAGCAGCAUGAACCGGCCUUGUGCUCAGACUGACUGUGUCGUACCACCACGAUUUGAUGACCAGCAGAGAGGGCGAGCGGCCUGCUCUCUCUGCGUUUAGAUUCAUUUUGAUAAAGAGCGCUGCUUCUGGCACAGGAUGGCAGGAUUGGCUUCACUGAAGCAACAUCUCCUGGCCAAAAAGAAAACAGGGAGUCAAAGCCAGCUCUGCUGUGCAGAAGCAGCGCCGUCUCUUGGAGGAUUGUAGCUGACGUGUUAUUGUUUUUGAGUGUGCGUGUCUGUAGUUUGUAGUUGUUUCACUUCGUCAGUAGUCAGGGUUUUUUUUUUUUCUUUGUUCACAUCACUGAGUUCAUCUGUGGUGAGAAGAGAAGCAGUUAUGGUUUUACCCUGCACUUUGACUUUAUUGAUCUGCUGAUGUAGAACUUAUAUAUCAUCCUCCUUGAGUUUUACUGAUUUAAUAAAGCAUGAUUUCAGCACUAUAAAGGC